UGCGUCUUUUUAACGUUCUCGUGCGUUCUAAGUACAAAUUAUUUCAAAAUAUUUGAAAUAAUAUAAAAUCAUAACAUUUAAAUCAUUUCGUGUGAUAACAUAUUGAUUUCUUUUUUGCUACGCUCACCUCAAAUUGAUUUAGUAUAAGUUUGUGUAUGCAUUUUAUAAUUUCGGUAGCAUCAUACGACGCCGUCAAACGAAAACAUGACGACAAAUAAUUCAAUAAGUUCCCGAACACAUCGUUUGAAUAAAUUGAUUGUGGGUCGUUCGGAUAAUUUGAAUUGCAAUGUUCAUUCAAACAAUACACUGAAUCGUGAAAUUUUGCUUGAUGCAUUUGAAGUACUAUACAAUGAGUGUAAUAAGGACGCCCUUAAGAAAAACGAUCGAAAUAUUUCCGAAUUUUCAAAGAAAUAUCAAAAUGCCGUUAGCGAAACAAAGAAGCAGCGCGUCAAUAUUAAUGAUUUCAAGAUCAAAGAUUUGAUUGGCAAAGGGUUUUUUGGUGAGGUGCAUUUGGCCAUUGAGAAUAUUACACGCGAUGUUUAUGCUAUUAAAAAAAUCCCAAAAAGUUCAUUUGCACAAUCGAAAGAGGAACGCAAUAUUAUGGCCAUAAGUCGCUCUGACUGGAUACCAAAAUUACAAUAUGCGUUUCAAGAUAACACACAUUUGUACUUGGUAAUGGAAUACUUGCCUGGCGGAGAUUUGUUCAGUCUCAUGAUUCGAAAUAAUACAUUUCCUGAGGAUGUGAUUCAGUUUUAUUUGGCUGAAAUAACAUUGGCUCUGAAUGCUUUGCACACACUUGGUUUUGUUCAUCGUGAUGUUAAACCUGGAAAUGUGCUGCUGGAUCGGUUUGGUCAUUUGAAAUUGGCUGACUUUGGAAGCGCCAUUUCUAUCGAAAAAGAUGGACAUGUAGUUAGUUUUACACCGGCCGGAACACCAGACUACAUUGCUCCUGAACUACUGCAGCCUAUACACGCAAAACGACCGAUGAAGACAACAUACAAUGAAACAUGUGAUUUUUGGUCGAUGGGAAUUAUUGCAUAUGAGAUGCUGACAGAAAAAACGCCAUUUCAUAGCCACAACGUUCACGAUACAUAUAAUCAGAUUUUGUCAUAUGUUGAUGGUACAAACACCAUCCUACACUAUCCAUCUGAUGUUGAAAUCUCAAAUGAUCUUCGUGAUUUGAUUGAUCAUUUGGUAACAAGAGCAAAUAAUCGUCUUACCUACAAGAAAAUCAUUAAACACAAAUUUUUCCGGUCCAUUGAAUGGUCGAAUUUGCGGCAACAAGUCCCGCCUAUAAUUCCGACGCUGAAUGGAGAAGAUGAUACUUCGAAUUUCGAAGAGGACCUAAAAAAGUCCAGACGUAAUAACACUUUUGACACAUCUACGUCUUCGUCGGUGAAGAAUAAUAAUUUUUCUGGAUUCGAUCUGCCUUUUGUUGGUUUCAGUUACGUUUGCGAUGAUAUUGCAAACGAUGGAACGAAUUUUUCUUUCGACUCAAGUUCACAAGAAGUAAAUCGCUUAACAACGCAGCUGAAAAGUUUACAGAAAACCAUUGAUACACAAAUGAUGGAUAUUUCUUCACUGCAAAAGAAUCUCUCCGAAUAUCAGAAAAAGAGUGCACAAGCCACGUCGAUAGAGAAAAUUCUGGGCAUUACGAAAGAGGAAAUGAAUGCUUUGAAAGAGAAACUCAAAGAAAAAACGGUUGAAAUUGCCAAUUGCCGUACUCAAAUCAAAACACUCAAAAAUUCAUUGAAAAUUGAAGAAGAGCAACGAGUAAAAAAUGACGCCAAUAUUGCCGAUGUGCUUAAUUCAACGUACCAAAAGUGGGAAAGAUCGAAAAAGCAAUCGGAACAAAACUAUGAAAAACAAAUAUCCGAGAAAAAAUCAGAAGUUUUGGCUAUUCAGGAAAAGCUAAAAGUCUGCGGAAGAGAAUUAGAGUCGAAAUCUGCCGAAUGUAUUCAUCUACAAGAAACUAUUGACCGUUUGAUGGAUCGUUUGAAGUCAACUAAAAACCAAAGCGACACAGAAAUUAAUGCACAUGCCAGAAAACAUCGCGAAUCCAAUGUCCAUUUUGAAGGACAAUUGCGUGAAUUGCGAUCCAGAUUGCAAACGCAAAUCGAAGCCAAAAAUAUGGCUGAUGAUGAAAUUCAAACACUUAAAUCGACGAUUGAAGAAAAUAAUCAACGUUUUAAAUUAAUUUCAGAUCAGAAAAAUAAACUUGAUGAAACGAACUCAAAACUAAAUCGUCAAUUAAACAAAGAAAUUGACGAGAAUCGUAGUUUACAUGAUGAAAAAUUAAAACUGUCUCACACAAUUAUGGAUUUACAAAGCAAAAUCGAAGAAUUGUCAAGUCAGGCACACAAAUCAGAUGGCACGGCCAGUUUGUAUUGUAGUUUGGAAAGCAUAUCGUCUGAAAUCGAAGCUCAAUUGAAAAAAGAUUUGGAACUUGCCAAAGAAAGUGAAAAUGAGCAACGUUUACGAGCAAACAGCCUCGAAGAGACGGUAAAACGGCUAGAAGCAGCGAUUGAACGCGUUACCAACACCGGAUUUUCCGGUGUUGAAGUAAUGUUGGAACGUCAAAAUGAAAAAUUGGAAGAAAAAUUGUGUACAGUGCAGGAACAGGCUACAAUUGAGAAACAAGCGUCACGAACCGCACAUCUGCAACUUUGGAAAAACGAAAAAGAAUUGGACACAAUUAAAAGGGAAAAGCGUCGAUUGGAACAUGAAGUGAAGAAAUUACAAAGCGAUGCUGACGAACUCACACGAAAGGUGCACGAGAAUAAAAUCAUUGCACAAAAUCGCGAAGAGCGCAUUACAGAACUUCAAAACGAUUUGACAGCACGAAAAAAUGAAUUACAAAUUGAACGCAGUAGAUGGACAGAUAUUGAAAAAGAGCGAAACAAAGAAAAAGUUCUGAUUGUCAAUCAAAAUACGAAAAUCCAUAAAUUGGAAAUUGAUUUGGAUGAAUGCAAAAGUAAAAUGUCUUUGUUUGAGCAACAAAAGAACACACUGAUGGCCGAAAAUCAACAUCUAACACAAAAACUACGUAAAGAAAUGGAAAAACUGGAGAACACGAUGGAAAAAUUAGUUGAAUGUGAACAAAACUAUGAAGCAUUGAAUAAAAAUAACGAAACCUUGAAGAGUGUGUGUUCACUCAUGGAAAUGCAGCUCGUGGAACUUGAAGAGAUGUACAACACGCAGCUCGAUCAAAAUAAAGAAAAAUCAGUCUCGAUUGAUAAACUUUGGGACGAUAUUCGUGAGCGAGAUGCAAAAUUAUUGAAGUUACAACAAGACAUGACUGAGGAAAAAACACAAAAUUCGAGUAUGAAACAAAAAUCGUCGGAAAUGACAACCGAGGUGGCCAGACUAACAAAUACAUUGACCGAAUGUCAACAAAACGUGGAUACAUUGCAGCAAGAUUUACUAGAAAAGGCCGACUAUUUGAUGAAAUCUGAAGAAUUAAUCGAAGUUCAGAAAGAAGAAAUACAAAGUUUACAGCGUGUAAACCAUAAUCUUGAUAGAGAAAUCAUUAUAGUAAAGGAGGAGAAUUCAAAGUUACUCACUGAACUUUACAUAUCCAAAGAGAACUAUCAAAAGUUGCACUUUGACUAUUCGUCAUUGAAUGAAAAUUAUACAGAUUUGAGAAUGGAACUUGAACAAUUAAAUGGAACAAUGUCUGAAUUGAACAAGUAUCAAACACAGCGUGAAAUCAAGUCGGAAGCAACACAAGCACAAUACAAAAAACUUAUCGAUUAUUUGCAAAAACGUGUGGAUGAAUUGACACAAAAAAAGAAAAAAACUUUGGCCGAGGUGCUGUUCGGUGCCAGUAAUUCAUCGAAGAAAGAAAAUAUACCGCCAAUCGUAAGUCAUGCUCAAAAAGAUGUUGAAGUUGAUAAAUCGAACGCUUGCCAUAAAUCACACAGCAUAAAAACAACGAAAUCAAAUACGAUUAAUGAUCGGGCAUCGAAGAAAAAGGAUAAAAAUCCUAUCAAAUCGACGGUUAACUCUUCAAAUAGUUCCAAAGAGGUGGCUAAAAUUAAAACGAAAAUAUCUUCACCAGAGAAUAUGAACUCAGGUACGCAUCUCUUUGAACGUACUUCGUAUUCGAAUACUGUUGAUAUGUCAGAGGCGUGCCUUGUUUGCAAGAAGCACUUUGUAAGCGAUACAGUAUAUCAAUGUAAAAAGUGUAAUGCUUCCGUUCAUCAAUACUGUCGUGGCAGCAACAUGAAAUGCAACAGUCAGCCAGAAGUAAGUGACGGACCUUCGAAUGACGAUGAUAUAUCUUUAUUGGACGUUCCACAAAAGCCCCGAUACAUGAAUGAUGUCAUUUUGAAAGAAUCAGACAUGAGUCCAGCCCUGGAAAUUUUAUGCAUACAUGAAAUCGAUAACAAUGUUUUACUUUUGGGUUGUACUUCCGGUUUGAAGGCAUACAAUAUCACCAAUAAGAAACUGAUUCACAUCGCUAACAUAGACAAUAUUAUCAAUAUGGCCAUUGUUACUGAUUUUUCAAAAUCGAUUUUGAUCAGCGAAAAUGGAAAAAAAUUAUUACAGUGCGAUUUGAGACAUCUUCAGACGCGUGCAAAUGCAUCCGUUUGUUUGAACACUGGAAUGGAAUACGUUGAAUUAAACCUACCAUUUGUGAUGGAAAACACUCCAACUUCUGACUUGUGGCGUUUCGCUAAGAUAUUUGAUAACACAGAUCGUGAUCAAGAAAUUUCGGAGCCCAUCGCAAUUGCUGCUACAUCUACACAAAUCGUCAUCCUACGAUAUGAUAUUGAAAUUAAGCAUUUUAAAGCGAUCCGAGCACUAGAUACAGCUUCACCCGUACAAUCGAUUUACUACACACCAUUUACAGCAAUCGUAAGCUCGGACAAAUUUUUCGAAAUCGAUUUGAAUACGCUGAUCUCAGAAGAAUUCAUUGAUUUGAGUGAUACCAGUUUGGUGCACACUCUUAGCUCAAGACCAUUGAGCACAUUUGCCAUCAAUACGCAAGAGUAUUUGAUGUGUUUCAAAGAUUUUGGUAUUUUUGUCAAUGAAUUUGGCUGUCGCACGCGUCCAACAGAAAUAAAUUGGUUGAAAAAUGCUCCACAAGCAUUUGCAUACCGAGCUCCCAUUCUAUAUAUCUUUAGCGCAGAUGGACUACAAUUGAUGCACAUCUCGAAAACAUUCGACGAAACGGAUGAAGAUGAAAAGCAAGCAGUCCAGACAUUUAUUGAAAUGAAACAUUCGAAAUUCGGAACGACCUGUGGCAAACACGGUGUAUACAUCAUAAAUAUCGAUGACAAUUUCGCUAAUGCCGAAACCAAACAAAUUGUUCGAGUUGAUGGUACAAAAGUUCUAUACAAUUUUGAGCAUUUUGACUCGGUGUCACCAAAAAAAAUGCGAAAAAGUGGUAGUGGUGCUGAUGGUAGUGCACCAACUGUAGCAUUGCCAAGUGAAUCUGCUCCAAAUACAAACGAUGAAAUUCCAAUGGAUGAAGAUUUCGAUCCUGCUUCCUUAUAUGAAGAUGAAGAAGGUGGCUAUCGUGUGGGUGACAUUUACAUACCGCCACCAAUCAAACCUUACUGUUCAAGUGAAUCACAAGGUGCGCGGCUUAUUAUCACCCAGAUUAUGAACACAAAUUUCAAAAGCUAUGCUGGAGAGGUCCCGUUGGGUCCAUUCUGUCACCGUUUUCAUGCCAUUAUUGGACCAAAUGGAAGUGGAAAGUCAAAUGUUAUUGAUUCCAUGUUGUUUGUAUUUGGCUACCGAUCGAAUAAAAUCCGAUGCAAAAAGCUCUCGCUGAUGAUACAUCAUUCGAAAAAAUGUCCGGACGCUGAUAGUUGUCGUGUAGCCAUUCAUUUUGCACAGAUCGAAGACAACACCGAUGGAUCCUAUCGAAUUAUCGAAGGCAGCGAAUUUAUUAUCGCACGUGAAGCACAUCGCAAUAAUUCAUCAUACUAUACAAUCGAUGGUAGACGUGUACAUUUCAAAGAGGUAGCAGCCUUGCUUAAAAAGCACAAUGUUGAUUUGGAUCACAAUCGGUUUUUGAUCUUGCAAGGUGAAGUUGAGUCCAUUGCUAUGAUGAAACCAAAGGCCCAGAACGAAAACGAAUGUGGUCACUUGGAGUAUUUAGAAGACAUAAUCGGUACGACACGGUACAAGGAGCCAUUGGAAAAAAUCCAUGCUCAUGUUGAAAUAUUGAGCGAAGAACGUACAGAGAAGCAUAAUCGUUGCAAAAUGGCCGAACGUGAGCUGAACGAUUUGAAGGCGCCCAUGGAAGAGGCUGUUGCAUAUUUGAAAUUGGAAAACGAUCUCACCCGAACAAAAAAUAAAGAAACACAGUUGCAUAUAUAUAAGACGAAAGAAAGUCUUGAACGAUGCACCGCCGAGUUGGAGGAGAAAACACAGAAUUUGAAAGAUCACGACAUAAAAUAUGAGGCUAUCAUCAAAGAACGCACGGAAAAAGAACAACAGAUCAAAGAAGAGAUGGCAAAUUAUGAGCGAAUCAUAAAGAAGAAGGAAGAACAUGAACAAAUGAAGAAAAAUGCGGACAGCAAAUACGAUGAAAUUCAGUCAUCGAUGGACGAAACAAAUAAACGUCGAAAACAAAUUGGAACAACGCUGAAAAAGAAAGAAGCUGAACUUGAAGAAUUGAAGCGCGUUCCGACUAAAAACCAAAAAGAAAUCACCGAAUGUGAAAAAAAAGUCGAACGUUUUACGAAAGAAAAGGAUGAAGCGAAUGAAAUCUUACAGCGCAAUUUGUUGAAACUUCAAGAUAAGAUAAAACCAUUGACCGAGAAAAAACAAAAAUUAGAAGCUGAACUUGCAAAAGUCCAAAUAAAACAGGAUGCAGCCAAAUCGGAAUUGGAUGUUAUUGAAAAUGAACUGAAAUUGGCUCAGCAAACCGAGUCUACCGAAAAGAAAAAAUUCGAAGUCUAUAAAUCGUCGUUGGAAAAAUCAAAGGAAACAUUGGAAACACGUCGCACAGAAUUGGCGGAAGCUGAAAAAAUUAUACCAUCUAUAAAAAAAGAUAUCGCUCAAUGUGAACAAGAAAUUCAUGUAUAUAAAACAAAAGAAAAACAACUCCAAACGGAAGUGGCGAAUCUGCGUUCAGUGAUCGAAGAAAAGUCACAUAUGAUGCGACAAGCCCGAUCUAACAAUAAGGUCCUCGAACAUUUGAUGCGCAAGAAAAUUGAAGGGGAGAUUCCAGGUGUUCUGGGUCGUCUGGGAGAUUUGGGUGGCAUUGAUAAGAAGUAUGAUGUUGCCAUAUCAACAUGCUGUGGACGUCUUGAUAACAUUGUUGUCGACACAGUGGAAACAGCCGAACAGUGCAUAAACAGUUUGAAACGAGAUGACGUGGGACGUGCAACAUUCAUCGCUUUGGAGAAGAUUGAACAUUAUGCUGAAUAUGCCGGUCCAAUUCAAACACCUGAAAAUGCGUCUCGCUUAUAUGAUUUGGUUCGUAUUGAAGAUGAAAGAUUGGUCGCAGCUUUCUACUUUGCCUUGAGAGAUACGCUUGUUGCAAAUGACAUGGAUCAAGCAACAAGAAUCGCAUACGGUGCCAAGCGAUAUCGUGUUGUAACAUUAAAAGGCGAUGUAAUUGAAACGUCCGGCACAAUGAGUGGUGGUGGUCGUACACAAUUUCGUGGAAAAAUGGGCGAACAAGUGAAAACCAAAACAUCUGUAUCACAUAACACAUCAAUUGGUGGCAAUACUACCACUGAAGGUCUGGAUGAAAUCCGUGCAAAAGCACAAAAAAUCCAAGACGAAAUUAACCAUGCACAGCAAAUCCAAGGUGAAAAAGGAAAAACAUUGGCCCAAUUAAAAGCAAGGCUACCAAGAGAGGAGGCCAAUUUGAAACGAUUCAAGACAGAUAUAGCGACCUAUGCACAACAAAUUCCAGGACUUGAGAUACAGCUGGAAGAUCAGCGACAAAUCAUGGAAGAAUCGCGUUCUGAUCCGAAGAAAGUGGCCGAACUAAAUCGUGAAAUUGACAAUCGCAAGAAAACAUUUGACAAAUGUUCUGCCGAUACAAAGCAGCUCCAGGAUCAAGUUGAUGCAGUGAACCAAGAAGUUAAAAUUAUCAACGAAGAUCAAAUUGGUUCGGUUGAAAAAUCCAUUCAAAAUAUAGAAAAACAAAUAAAAAAACUAUCGAAUCAAGCGACCAAAUUGAAGGUUGAAAUCGCUGCAUCUGAACGAAAUGUAAAAAAAGCAGAAGAAAACAUAGCCACAAUGAAAGAAGAUAUAGCAACUGCGCAAAGUGAUUUGUUGCGAAUGAACGAUGAACGAGCUCAAGCUGAAAAGGAUGCAUCUGAAAUUCAGAAACGCUUACAGGAGAUAAUUAAGGAAAUCUCACAAACACAAAAUGGUUCGAGUGAUACGAAAAAGGAAGUCAUCGCAUUGCAGAAACAAGAAUCGGACGCCAAAUUGCAACGCGUUGAACUCGAACAAACACUUCAAAAGAUUGAAAAACUGGUACGUGAUUUGAAAGCAAGCAUACCGUACUACAAAAAGAAAUUGGAGCCACUCAAAUUACACAAUAUACCAAAUGAAGAUGCACCACAGCCACUAAAAACGUAUUCCGAUGAAGAAUUGGCCACAUAUGCAAUCGACGAAAUUCAGUACCGUAUUGAAGUGUUUGAGGGCGAACUGAAGGCAAAGACACCAAAUUUAAAUGUAAUUGAUGAAUAUCAGAAGAAACUUGAUGUUUAUAUGGAUCGCAUAAAAGUAUUGGAAGACAUAACCGCCAAACGAAAUGAAAUGCGGAAAUUGUUUGAGGAUAUCAAAAAGCGUCGUUACAAUGAAUUCAUGAAUGGCUUCAACAUUAUAACACAUAAAUUGAAGGAAAUGUAUGCAAUGAUUACGCAAGGCGGCAAUGCCGAGUUGGAAUUGGUUGAUUCAAUGGAUCCUUUCAGCGAAGGUAUAUCGUUCAGUGUGCGUCCACAUCGCAAGUCCUGGAAAAACAUUUCAAAUCUAUCGGGUGGAGAGAAAACUCUUUCAUCUCUUGCACUGGUUUUCGCUUUACAUUACUAUAAACCCUCACCAUUGUAUUUCAUGGACGAAAUCGAUGCGGCUCUUGAUUUCAAAAAUGUAUCUAUUGUUGCCAACUAUAUAAGAGAUCGUACCAAAAAUGCACAAUUCAUUAUCAUCUCAUUGCGAUCGAAUAUGUUCGAGUUGUCUGACUUUCUUACUGGAAUUUAUAAAGUAGAUGAUUGUACUGAUUCUUUAACGAUUGAAAAUGUACCACCACCAUCAAUUGGAACCGCAUCACAGCAAAUGCCAUCCAGUCAGCGUACCACAUCUGAUAAUUUUAUGCCAUCCCAGUCAAUUUUCCCAACUCAAAGCUUCGGAAGUCAACAGUUACCUGACCAAUCUUCUUCGUCUUUGGCUGGAAACGAAACUACUAAAGAUGAUGAAAUCAACGAAGCGGAAGUUGACAAGUGACAAUGAAAUUCACAUCAAAAUAUUACUCAACAUUUUCAAUUUAUUUAAGUUUUUGAUGAUAAAAAAAGUACAAAUGUUUUCUCGAUUUUUUUUAUAAAAGGCAAUAAAAGAUGUUUCAUUAAAAAGCAUUUAUUUUGAAAAA